GAUGAUGUAACGAUCGAUGGCGGUGGCGGUAGCGCCGGUGACGGCGUCUCGUGGUAUCUCGUCGUUCCCGCGUAUUGUCAAGUUCGCUUUAUUAGUCGAAACAGAAGUGAAUGGGAAGAGUUUAGAGCGCUUCAAAAGCUCUUAUAAAGAUAUCUCGAAAAUUAUUCGAGAACUGUAUAUUUUUGGAAGCUGAUCGCGUGUUAACAUAUCGUCUAUGAGUAUCGAUCGAGUUUUUUGUGAGUGAAACAAUGGCAAAUCGAACCCAGCCGAGUGACAUCGAUCGGGUCUGCGAGGCGAUACACGGCUUACAGAAAUCCUUGGAAUGCACGAUUUGUUUGGAGUUCCUGACGGAACCUACCAAGACCCGAUGUGGUCAUUCAUUCUGUAAAAUUUGUGUAGGAAAGGUCUUACAAAUGAAAGAUGCUUGCUGUCCACUGUGCAAGAAGAGUCUUAAUAGACGCAACAUUUCCAAGGAUGAUGAUCUGCAAACUUAUAUCGUGAAGUUCAAAAAUCUUGUCACUGCCAUCCAGAAUGAUACUAACAUUGAGUAUACUGAACUAUUAUCACACUCGAAGAAGCCCUGUAAUACGAAGGAAAGCUGUUCUUAUUCAGAUUCUAGACAGCCUAGCCAAGAUUCUAACAAAGAAAAACGUUCUAAGAAAGAGAAGUCUAGUUGUCAAUCGAAUCAAAAUGCGAAUAGGCAAAUCGACAAACCGUCGACAAGCCGUGAAACAAUGAUUGAUCGUAGUAAUCCGCGAUGCGGUUUAAAAGUGUCAAACAAGAACCCUGUAACUUUACCGAACCUCUACUCUGCUCUUCCUAGCGAUGAGACUCGCAUCACACCGGAUGUCAAAAUUCGCUCGUGGCUACACCAGUUUCCCGAUAAUCUGAGUACCGAUAAACCGGAUAUCGAUGAUUCGAUCGCGAAAAACAAAAAAUUACCGAUCGAAGAUGAAGCUCAGUCAAUCAUUUCAAUAUCCGACAAAAAUAGUAAAUCUGACGAGAUCAUCGAAGUACAUCGUAACAGGAGUAACGCAAAGCGCCGAUCAAGUCAAGAUAGAAAACAGAGUAUGGAUUGCUCAGAGCGUAUCGAUGAAGACAACACGUUGUCCCAGGUGAAUAAAGAGGCGAACCAGAUUGAUAAAGUAAUAGAGCCCAAUUCCACUUCGAGCAAAUUGAAAUACAAGACCAAAAUACGCGCAAAGGAAAAUCGUGAGAAGAAUGCGAAGUCAAGUGUCGAGGAGACUAACAGUCAAAAUAGCUCUACGUCAUGGAUGACAGCGUACGAUCCAAAUGCGACAUCUAUGCCUUCGUAUCUGGAUAUCAGGAGGACAUCUGCGAUCAGCGAACAAUCCACCGCGAACUGGCACUCUAUGAUCGAGUUUGAGAAAGAGAUGAAACGCGGGAGCAAAAGAAAAAUAAAAAAAUUGAACGUGAGCAUCGAGAAAAAUAAAAAUCUACCUCGGAUAAUCGAGGACGUUAUACUCUCAGAGAGUAACAAAUAUGAUUCGGCUAGACUUGCGGCAAAUUAUAAAAAAAACGAAAAAGAGACGAACAUAUCGGCAGAGUCGAGCGGUCGGAAACAGAACGCGAUUGAUAAGAACCUAAAUUCAUCGGACGCAAAAGUGAAAGCGUUGAUUGAUACGAACAAUCAGACGGAAUUAUUUGACGAAGAUGGGGCCAACUGUUCGAAAUCAAUAUAUCCUAUCAACACGUCUGCCACAUUGGAGGAAGGCAGGCAAACAGACAUAAUAAAUCUAAAUAUCAAUCAAAUAAACAAAAUUAUUGGUCUCGAUAACGCCGCGGAAGAUCGAUAUUGUGAGAAAAAUUCCGCUGAUUAUAGCAAUGCAUCGCAGCGAAAAAGAUUAACCGCAGUAACGCCAGAGAAAUUAAACGAAUCUAUAUAUGAACACGAAAGAAUUCGUAACAUUUCGCAAACUUCCACCGAUAACUUUGAAACUUUGUCCGACUGCUUGUCGGCCGAAAAAUGGUCUCUCGGAUCUCGAGAGAUCGGUAAUGUUCAGGGGACACUGAAUGAAACUGUAUCUUCUCAAUUAUCAUCGGCAUCAAAAAAAGGUAGGCUAUCCUUGAAAAAAAGGCGGACUGAAAAUAAGAGCGUUGAGUCGCCGCUUUUAAGCGAUUAUUCGCUGUCAUACAGAUUUUCAAUGGACAUAAAUUGUACCAGUGAUCGCAAGAACGUCAAUUCGCCAGUAUCAAAGGAUGAUAAGUUGUUUGAUCGGUUGAAAGUUGUGAGGCGUGACUUGAACUUCAAAAUUCGCGAAAUUCAACAACGAACCGAUCAGGAUACAGCCGCCAGAGCAUCAAAAGGCAUAAUCGAAAUUGAAAAUAACAACGAAAAUGUUUCCAAAAUUCUUCAUCAGGACAAAAAACUCAGUCAUAAUUUUACUGAUGAUUCUACGGUGUCGAAAAAGUAUCUGUCGACAAAGUCGAAAAGUGUCGAGAAUCAAGGACGUCGAUCUCUCGUGAAAUUUAUACAAUUAGGUUUAUUAAAUAUUAGAAGACUAAACCGAUAUUUUUACGCAGGCCCGACUAAACGCGAAAUGUCGAUGCCAGCAGAAGUUCGAGUUAUCUCGGUGUGCAAUAUGCAAUUAAGCAGAUCCGAAAUGUAUGUAGCAACAUCUCCUGAUCCAUGGAAUUCACAAAACUCGAAUAAUAUCACCGUGGUGGAGAAUAUUUGUUUCGCGAAUAAUUUAAAUUCGAAUGAAGCAGUUUCAAAAGAAUUUCCUGCACAGAUUUGUACAGCUUCAGCGACUUCGACACCCAAAAAAAAUAUCGAUUCUCAUUUAAAUCAAACGAAGAACACAAAGGUUGUACAUUCUUCAUUGAACGCAAAUCAACGAUCGGAUAAGUCAAUCGAGAACGUCACUGAGAAAAACGCGCAAUUUCUUCAUAAGCCAUCUUGCGUGGAUAAAAACGCGAUUCACGGAAUCUCGCAUAUUCAUCCAGGAACGUCAAAAUCUAUUAAAUUGCUGUCACCGGAUAAAGAUUCGCAGUUGAAAUUUCUCGCGAUAGACUCCCCAACGAGCGAGCGCGAUAAGUUGCGACGCGCGAGCUCGAUUAAGCCCGUAAUCAAAGGAAACAACUUUUCUGAAAUGAAAAAUUCACAUCUCGAAACAUCUACGUUGGACAAAACACAGGAAGCUUUCAUCGAAAACCUCUGUAAGAAGAGAAAAAGAACGAGAUACGCCAAUGACAGAGAGCUAUUUGAGGACAAGUCUAGUGAUGGAAACGAUUCCAGCAAUUCGGCCACUGACAGCAGUCGAAGUACGAUAAAACUUGACAGAUACAACGAGUUAUCUAGGAAAGCAAGCUCGAGUCGUUUGGACGAACAUAAAAAACGUCGUUUGAGUUCCUCGGAUGACCAGGAUGUCGAGGUAAUCUCGUCGGUUUCUAAACAACAGAAUAUGCCCAGAAGAAAAUUCAAGAUUUCUAGCUCAGAUUCGGAAUCGGAAUCGGAGAUGCACGUUACGAAAAAUUUGAAAAGUGACAAUCAAUGUGUCCAACGGAAUUCAUCGAUUACGGAUUCGGCUGCGAAACAAUGUUCGAUUAAGCAAGAUUCGGAAAAUCUUCGUAUGCGGAAUAUAAUCGAUAAAUGGACCAACGAACACAUGAUGCAAACAAAGUUGAUGAAGGAAAGUAAAAAUAGUCAGAAUAGCUUCAAAUCAACGAAGAGCCGAUCCAAAGAAAUCCCGGCGAGCCAUCAAUCGUCUCACUUAAGUAAUGCACUCAACAUGGAGAACUCAAAGCCGAGCCAGAAAAGUUUCGCGAGAGAGUCGGAUAUGUUUGAGAGCAAUAGUUUCUUCAAUUCGGAUAAUGUUGAUUAUAUAUUGCAAUCGACAAAGAACACGAACGAUACAUCAAAGAAGAUCGCGGAUACUUCAAACGAUGACAUUAUAAACAAAGUGUUGCAGAUCGAUAGAUCGCGGAGUAACACCGAUGGACGGCCAGAUUCUGUUUCACGGAACGACAUCACGAACCAAAGAGAAAAGGAUAACAGAGAACAAUUGUUACAGGACAAUUUCGACGAGAUCAUCGCCAACGUCGAACAGCCACAAAGCGAGGAUUUCAUAUCUUGUUCUGAACAGCCAGAUCGUAAUCCCAAUCGCCCAUUGGCAAAACAGAAAACGUCGAACUGUCUCACAAUGACAGAUGAAUCGUGUGGCAUUAUACAGGAAACUGCGGCCAUAUCUCCGUCAUCGACAAACGACAUGUUUGAGCAGUAUUCUUCUAGAAACGUUAAGAAACUACCCGCAACUAUUUCAAAAUUUCAAGAAACAUUCAACGAAUGGAUUACAAAGUAUCCUGAUAAAGAGAACGUUGCCUGCAAUCAGAAAAGACAUGGUUACGUGGGUGACCAAAGAGACAGAAACGAUUCAAUGACAAAUGCCGAUGCGUUUGACAAAGACUCCCGUAAAAUAAUCGCAUCGAAGCAUAAUGUAUCACGAGAGAAAGAAAAGUUCCACGAAGAACGUAAUGUUUUAAUACAAUCAGCGAGUCGGCUUGAUAUCAGUAACGAUAAAAUAUACAGAACAACAGUUGCUGACAACGAAUCAAUUUCAAAGGAUGAUACUUUCGAUGAUUCGCUUAUGAAUAUUACGCAGCAUCAAGUUCGAUUACAAAUGUUUGAACGGGAUCUAUUCGGUAUUGCGUCUCAAAAUCAAACAAAAACGACAAAAAUGAAUUCGCAGAAUGAUCUGUCACAAAGGGAGCAACGCACUCCAAAAAAGAGAAAGCAGAAUAUUCAAGAUAAAAAUACGGAAUCAGAGGAAUGCUUCGCCGACGAAGACGACGUUGUGGAAAACACUCCUGAGAAAAAGAUGAAGAACUGCGGAAACUCCACGAUCGAGUCAGGAGAAAGUGCAAAGCCAUCGUUUUUAACCCCGCUUUUGAAGAAAGCUGAAUGGACACCAAAUACAUCAAAACCGCAUCAAAUAGUUCACUCUCUGAGUGGCUCGAGUACACCUAUAAAUUUGUUGGAACCGUCUUCGCAAACGAUAUUUGAGAUGGAUAGGAGAAAUGAGCGUGUAAGAAACGAUGGUAUUUUAUUGGCGAAGCAGAUGAACGCAAAUAUGCUGGAGAACGUUCGUUGGCAACCUGACAAGCGAGACCUGCGCUUCGUAUGCAGCGGAUUAUCUGCGAAAGAGAUCACCACAGUGAAAGAAUUUGCGGCGAAACACAACGCGAGUUACGUGAACCAAUUCGAUCACAAUGUGACACAUGUUAUCGUGAAGACCAUCGGUGAGCAGAAUAUGGCGAAUAGCACAUUGAAGUAUCUGCAGGGUAUCGCCCAUCGAAAGUGGCUAGUCAGCUAUAGAUGGAUCGAGGAUUGUAGCAUGCAGCAGAAGCUACUGGAUGAGAUUCCUUAUGAGGCAACCACGCAGACUGAUGUUGUAGCUAACGGCGCCGGACCUCGUAAUUCGAGAUUACGUGACAAGGAUCUCUUUGAGGGCUUUACGUUUCUCUGCAUCGAACCGUACGACAACGUUUCACUGAACCAGUAUGAGGAUUUGUUACGUGCAACUGGAGCCACAGUGGUUCAUUCCUUCGAAGCUCUCGAUAAGAUGGGAGGCCUGAAAGGCGUUGUGAUCCAAGACAAUAUACACGAUGAUAAAACAAUCGAACAUUGGUAUCGAACUUCUAAGGCAGCACCUAUUCUCGUGGAUUGGAUAGUCGAAUGUAUCGGUCACUACAAAUUAUUAAAGCUUACGCCCUACAGCCCAUGUCUUUCGUCGCAAGAUUUUUGUGCCAUCGGCUAUCCACGAGAACUCAUAGAAGAAGAUGAGGAGUACAGCGAUAACGAAUAGAAGGA